CAGCCUCCUCGCCCGCCUCCUUUUCCUCCUGGGUCCGCUCAGGCCUGGCGCUCGCUCUGGUUCUCUUAGCCUCCCCUCGCCAGCGCCCCGUCUUCUUCUUCGUCACUCCCUUAGGCCGGCGGGGAGGGAAGCCGAAGCUGGGAGAGGGCCAUGACUGUGGAGCAGAAUGUGCUGCAGCAGAGCAACUCCCAGAAGCACCAGCAGACGUUUCUGAAUCAACUGAGAGAAAUCACUGGUAUCAAUGACACUCAAGUACUGCAGCAAGCCUUGAAGGAUAGCAAUGGGAACCUAGAAUUAGCAGUAACCCUCCUAACUGCAAAGAAUGCCAAGAUUCCUCAGCAAGAAGAAACAACAUACUAUCAAACAGCGCUUCCUGGCAAUGACAGAUAUAUAAGUGUAGGAAGUCAGGCAGAUACAAAUGUAAUUGACCUCACAGGGGAUGACAAAGAUGAUCUACAGAGAGCUAUUGCCCUCAGUUUGGAGGAAUCAAACAGGACAUUCAGGGAGACUGGAAUAACAGAUGAGGAGCAGGCCAUUAGCAGAGUUCUAGAAGCCAGUAUAGCAGAAAACAAAGCAAGUCUGAAAAGAACCCAUCCAGAAGUCUGGAGUGAUUCUCCAAAUCCAUAUGAUAGAAAACGUCAAGAUAUUUGUCCAGUGGGAUUAAAAAAUGUUGGCAAUACGUGCUGGUUCAGUGCCGUUAUACAGUCAUUAUUUAACUUGCUGGAAUUUCGAAGGCUAGUCUUGAAUUACAAUCUACCGGCAAGUGUUCAAGAUCUGCCCCGAAACCAAAAGGAACAUAGAAAUUUACCUUUUAUGCGUGAAUUAAGAUACCUAUUUGCCCUUCUUGUUGGCUCGAAAAGAAAAUACGUUGACCCAUCAAGAGCUGUUGAAAUUCUUAAAGAUGCAUUUAAAUCAAAUGAUUCUCAGCAGCAAGAUGUCAGUGAAUUCACACAUAAGUUGUUGGAUUGGUUGGAAGAUGCCUUUCAAAUCCAAGCUGAAGAGGAACAGAAUGGAGAGAAACCAAAGAACCCAAUGGUAGAGCUGUUUUAUGGACGAUUUUUAGCAGCUGGAUUUCUUGAAGGAAAGAAAUUUGAAAAUACAGAGAUGUUUGGCCAGUAUCCACUUCAAGUUAAUGGCUUCAAAGAUCUCCAUGAGUGCCUAGAAGCUGCCAUGGUUGAGGGGGAAAUUGAAUCCUUACACUCAGAAAAUUCUGGGAAAUCUGGCCAAGAGCACUGGUUUACUGAGCUACCUCCUGUCUUGACCUUUGAGCUCUCAAGAUUUGAAUUCAAUCAAGCUUUGGGAAGGCCAGAAAAGAUACACAACAAAUUAGAAUUCCCUCCAGUUUUAUACCUGGACAGGUAUAUGCACAAAAACAGAGAAACAACACGAAUAAAACGAGAUGAAAUCAAGAGACUGAAAGAAUACCUCACAGUACUGCAGCAGCGAUUAGAAAGAUAUUUAAGCUAUGGUUCUGGUCCUAAACGAUUCCCAUUGGUAGAUGUCCUACAGUAUGCAUUGGAGUUUGCAUCAAGUAAGCCGGUAUGCACGUCUCCUAUUGAGGAUCUUAAUACUAGUGCUCUUCCUAGUGGUACUCUGUCAACACAGGCAAUACCAAGCACAGCAGAACAACAGGGGCCUUCUACAGAAACACAAAGCACAUCACCUGCACAACGAUCAGUUAUACACAAGCCAUUCACACAAUCACGGAUUCCUCCAGACCUGCCCAUGCAUCCAGCACCAAGGCACAUAACUGAAGAGGAGCUUUCAGUACUAGAGGGCUGUUUACACCGUUGGAGGAAAGAGGUGGAAAAUGAUACUAGAGACUUGCAAGAAAGCAUAGCUAGAAUACAGAGAACAAUUGAACUAAUGUACUCUGACAAAUCAAUGUUGCAAGUUCCUUAUCGGUUACAUGCGGUGUUAGUCCAUGAAGGCCAGGCUAACGCAGGACACUACUGGGCAUAUAUUUAUGACAGUUAUCAACAGAGGUGGAUGAAAUACAAUGAUAUUUCAGUGACAAAAUCUACUUGGGAAGAACUUGAGCGUGACUCAUUUGGUGGUUAUAGGAAUGCAAGUGCUUAUUGUUUAAUGUAUAUUAAUGAUAAAGAACCACUUUUGAUACAAGAGGAAUUCAACAAGGAAACUGGGCAUAUGAUUGUUGGAUUGGAUACGUUACCUCCUGAUUUAAGAGAUUUUGUUAAAGAAGACAAUAAACGUUUUGAAAAAGAAUUAGAAGAAUGGGAUGCACAGGUUUCUCUGAAAACCCAACAAGAAAAAACAUCCCAUAUACCCAGGGUACCUUUGCCUUCUACUGCCCAAGAAGAACCAGAGUAUUUGGAACAACCUUCAACAGCUGAUAUCUCAAAACAGUUGAAAGAAGACUCUAUACGAGCAAUCACAAAAGCAUUUACUGAACAAGAAGAUAAGAAUCCUGAAACUAUUAUGCACAUGAACUCUCAUAGUGCCCCAAUUGGAACAGCUCCAAACCAAAAAGUUAUAGAGGUGACGAUUCCUGAUAUAGGGACUUACAUGGUUGAGUCAGAGGAAGGGGGGUAUGAUGAUGAGGUUAUGCUGACCCCGAACAUGCAAGGUAUUAUAAUGGCUAUAGGUAAAGCCACGCAUAUAUAUGACAGGUGUGGGCCAGAAGCAGGGUUCUUUCAGGCAAUAAAAUUUGAAUAUGCAAGAUUGCUCAAACUGGCCCAAGAAGACACGCCUCCUGAGCGUGAUUACCGUUUGCAUCAUGCAAUUGUAUACUUCAUCCAGAAUCAGGCCCCAAAGAAAAUAAUUGAGCGAACAUUGUUGGAGCAGUUUGCAGAUCACAAUUUGAGUUUUGACGAAAGGUGCCGUAAUAUAAUGAAAGUGGCUCAAGCCAAAAUUCAGAUGAUAAAGCCAGAUGAAGUCAAUAUGGAAGAUUAUGAGUGGUGGCACCAAGAGUACAGAAAUUUCAGAGAUACGACGAUAUAUCUCAUGGUGGGAUUGGAAUUUUUCCAAAAAAGGAAUUUUAAAGAAGCUUUGUUAUAUCUUAUAUGUGCAUAUCACAAGAACAAAGAACUGUCAUCAAAUGGUUUGUAUAGGGGGCAUGAUGAAGAACUGUUAUCCCAUUACAGAAGAGAAUGCUUGCUAAAAUUAAAUGAGUGUGCUGCUGCACAAUUUGAAUCUGGAGAUGAUCAACAAGUAAAUAAGGGCCUGGAAAUUAUGAAUGAGCUUAUUGUUCCUUGUCUACCAUUGUUGCUGGUGGAUGAAACAGAGGAAAAGGAUAUUGUUGCUGUGGAAGAUAUGAGGAACAGGUGGUGUUCAUAUCUUGGACAAGAAAUGGAGCCUAACUUACAAGAAAAAUUGACGGAUUUUCUGCCAAAAUUGCUGGAUUGUUCUACAGAAAUUAAAGGCUUCAAUGACUCACCAAAAGUACCUUCUUAUUCCACCCAUGAACUGUGUGAGCGUUUUGCCCGAAUCAUGUUGUCACUCAGUCGAACUCCAGCUGAUGGAAGAUAAACUCUGAAGACCUUCCUUAAGCACACUGUAUAAACUGUUUUUUUAUUCUUUAACCCUUGCCUUCCUGUCACAGGAUUCGCUUGUUGCUGCUAUAGUUUUUAACUCUUUCAUUUUAAUAACUGUAAGAAAAGAAAGAGGACUUUACAGAUAUUAGCCAGACUGCAGGCAAUAUUGCUGAGAAUCGCAUGGUAUUCAGUUCCUAGUCAGCCAGAAUUCGUGCAACAUUACAAGUCUGAUUUAUUUUGGCAAACCUGCUUUUUUGCCACUUACCUGUUACAGUAUUAUUUUACAUUUAACUUAAGAACCUUUACUUCAUGAACAGUUUUCUGUUCGGUCUGGGCUAUUCUGUGACUACAUCAAUUUUAAAGUGACCAGUGUAAAAUACAUGGUACCUGGUAGCUUGUAAAUUACAUCAAAGAAUAAAAAGGUUUUAUUUAUGGCUACUUUGGUUGCAAAUGAAUUAUAUUUUUUUUAAUAAGAAAGGUAUAUUUGUGAAUUAUACACCUCUAUUUUAUAUAUGAUAUAUAGCAUAAUUGAUAUGAUAUGGAGUGCAGGCAGGCAUAUGAUCCUUGGAGAAUUGUUGGUAUUUAAAUUAUAUAUUGAAUACUUAGCAUGCUGAAAGUUUCAGGCCUUUGGACUCCAUUGCCCUGAGCCUAUCAAGGUGUAAUUCUCUGGUGGUGUCAUUUGGCUGCCAUUUCCAGAACCAGGUAGCUGUGUAAGCUAAUAGAUGACUCUGGUAGUGCUCCUACCUGCCUACCUAGCUUAUCUGUAUCACAGAGAUUUUGCAGGAGACGUGUUCUCAGUUCCUUAAAUUAGAAGAAUACCCAUUUCACAAAGAAUCCAGAUUGCAACUUUGACAGCAGACUCAAGGCAGAAGAAGGGCAAUAGGAAUUAUUCCAGUUUUCCAUAAUGUAGCUUCUGUGUCCUUUGUGUAGAAUUAUGAGGAAAUUUGCAUUUAAAGGUAAUUUACAUUAUUUCUCAUCUGUUGCUAGAAAUAUAUGGCUGACUUACUAGAAAAACAGAAAUUGAUGGAGAUUUUUAAGAUUUGAAUUUGCAAAUAUCAGUAUAGCUGAAAAAAACACUUUUCUAUUAUCAGUCAUAAUUUAAGACUUUAAAUUGCACAACAUGCAUAACUGCAAUUGUUGCCAAUUUUUCCUGUACAAAGAAAUGCUUAUUUACAUUAAAUAACACUAACAGAAAAAAGCAGUGUAUUGCUUUAAUUUAGAUUGAUUUAUGUUGUCAAGAGAUAACAUUUUUUAUAUUUUCCAGUAAGAAAAUACUGGAGAGAGUCUCAAGACCCCUUUGCAAAUAUUUUCUGCAUUGAAUGUGUUAUUAUCAAAUACAUGCAAAUGAAACAAAUUGAAAAUGCUUCAGUAACCACCUAAACAUUAAUAUUUUCAAUGUUAAGUCAAUAAGCAAGCCAACACUAAACAUCUCUCUUUUAUAAGGAGCAAUGCAGAAGUGUUUUGACAAUGUAUAUCUGUCCAAGACAACAACAUGGUAACUUCUACUUUGAGGAAUGGAAACAUCUGAAUAUGCAUGAUCAUGCUUUCUUCAUUUUUGCUGAUAACUUGUUUAAUUUCUAGGUGUCAAUUUUAUUUUAUCAAAUAUGUAUUAAAUUCCAAGAUUUUUAGGGAUUUGAUAAUAUGAAGAGAAAGGUAUAUUAUAAUAAAUCAGCAAAAUAUUAUAUAUACCUUUGUAAAUUACUCCAUUCUGGGUGAUAUACAAAGGGAAAUUACAUAAAAUCAAUAAAAUGUAAAAGAGAUUGUAUAGGUCUAAUGAAUAAGACGCAGGAUCAUUCUGUAUAGCUGAAUAAUCUGUCUUUCCAUGGAAAUAAACGUAGCAGUAUGCAGAAAUUUAUUUUAUCUACACCCUGCCUUCUCUCCAUAAUGGAGCCCAAGGCAGCAUAUAACUUUAUCAAGAUAAAUCAAGAAAUUGACCUGCUUACUUUUCAUAAGCUUGCUUAUAUCAUGUGACUUAAGAUAAAGUCCUAGAUCUGGAGUUCUUUAGAUCCUUUAUACUAUUUUGUACUUGCAGUUUUGUAGUUCUGUUUCAGAAAUGUAUUAUUGCUAUGCUAAUUCAAGUCAUCAGUAACAAGUUCUUCAUAGAAGAGGAUAAAAAUAGAUUUUUUAAAAAAAUUAGGCACAAUGUUAUCUCGACAUUUGACUUUUCUUCUGGAAUUACCAGUGCUUUAUUUGUUAAAUAUCUAUUUUAAAAAAUUGCAUGAUAGACAAACUGAACCAAAAUAUUUUCUUUACUGCUCUGUUGUUCCCCAUCCCCAUCUGUUGUGAUUUCUUAAAAUUUAAAAUGCAAAAAUCCAUUUUAAUGGACAGUAAAAGUGAUACUGAGGCAUUUUGCUGGUGUUCUACUUUUGAAUUAAAUAAUUCUUCCUAUUUGCUUUUGUUUCGCAAGUGUAAGAUUACUGAAUAAUAACCUGAGUUGUCCUUUAUUAGAUUAUAUUAAUUAUCCAUUAUUUUCUGUUUUGUUUCUGUGGAAGAUCCUGUUUCUUUAUAUAGAGUAAAACAAUUUCUUGACUAUUGGAAAGAGCCUUUACUGCCUAGGUUUUACCAAUCUUGGUUAUAGGGGUGAACAAUCUUGGAUAAUACAUAUGUAUACAGUCGGUUUAGCGGU